AAGGGACAGUCUAUCAUUUAGAGGGAAACGGCACCGUUUUGACGGUGCUUUUAAACCUAAAAAGAGCCUUACAUUUACAAUUACAAACAUCUGCUUUCCUCCUCAAAACUCCGCCGUCUCAUUAUCCUCUUGUUGUAAAACGGCCGCUGCGAAAUCCGCCGCUGGUGACAACCUUUUCUCCUUCCUCUUUCUUUACCCCGAUUGUUCUUUUUUAUUCUUUCCCUGCGCUUUGUGGGAAAAAGAAAAAAGCAAAGCAAAAAAGAAUCGAGGAAGAAUUUAAGACAAUGGCACAGCAAGCAGUGCAGAAGAACACGUUGUACGUGGGAGGACUAGCAGAGGAAGUGAAUGAAACAAUCCUCCAUGCAGCUUUCAUCCCCUUUGGAGACAUAAAGGACGUCAAGACUCCAUUAGAUCAGGCCACUCAAAAGCACCGCUCCUUUGGCUUCGUUACCUUCUUGGAGAAAGAGGAUGCUGCUGCUGCCAUGGACAACAUGGAUGGGGCUGAGCUCUAUGGUCGAGUCCUCACUGUCAACUACGCCCUCCCUGAGCGGAUCAAGGGUGGUGAGCAGGGCUGGGCUGCUCAACCCAUUUGGGCUGAUGCUGACACAUGGUUUGAGCGGCAGCAACAAGAAGAAGAAAUGCAGCGUAUUCAGGCAGAGAACCAAGCAGCAAUGCGUGCUGCAGAGGAGUUGCAUAGGAAGAAAAUGGCAGAGGAACGACAAGGGGAGAAAGAGGAUGAAACAGAGAUGAAGGAUGAUCCAAUGGCAAGGGCUGAAGCUGAAGUUUCGAAACAGAAUAACUAGUUUCUUUGUUAUUAAAUUCAGCAAUCAAAUACUAAAAAUACAUUAAGGUUGUCUUUUAUGCUAACCAACCUUUUGCCUUGUGCAAUCUACAAAUUCCAAGGCUGGCCUAGCUACCCAAAAAGGUUUAUAACGGAAGUUGACUCGGGAAUGCUUUGUGGUUAAAGUGGCUUAUUACUUAGAAUUUCUUCGAACUAAUUGCAUCUUGUACUCUGUUAAUACGACUAUGGAUUUCAAAGGUGUGCUGUAAUUGCAUCAAA